AGAAGAUAUCUUCUUAGUUCUCACGACUAAUAGAUAAUAUUUGUAAUUCUGUAGUUCUCAGUUCUUCCAAGUACAUAGUUUUAAACUUCCAGCACUGUAAGGUGCGUAAAUAUUUGGUCAUGCCAUUGAAUACUUAGUGAUUGUCAUUUGACGUAUUUGUGUAAUUAAACGUCAAGAGCCGUACAUCAGCCAUGGCCAGGAACGCGGAAAAAGCAAUGACUACAUUGGCUCGGUGGAGAGCUGCACAGGUGAAGGAACAUGGUGGCAAAGAAGAACGGCGGCCAUACUUGGCUACUGAAUGUACAGACUUGAAGGCAGCUGAAAAAUGGAGAGUUCAAAUCAUAAGAGAAAUAUCAAAAAAAGUCGCACAAAUACAAAACGCUGGAUUGGGAGAGUUUAGGUUACGUGAUCUCAAUGAUGAAAUUAAUAAAUUACUGAGGGAAAAAAAACAUUGGGAAUAUCAAAUUCGUGAACUCGGUGGUCCUGAUUUCUUACGUAUGGGACCACGAAUGCUUGAUCAUGAAGGCAGAGAAGUACCUGGUAACAGAGGUUAUAAAUACUUUGGAGCUGCUAAGGAUUUACCAGGUGUUCGAGAACUAUUUGAACACGAACCUCCUCCACCUCCACGUCGUACUAGAGCAGAACUUAUGAAAAAUAUAGAUGCUGAUUAUUAUGGAUAUAUGGAUGAGGAAGAUGGUCUUCUAUUGGCCAUGGAAACAAAGAAAGAAAAAUUGAUGUUAGAAGCUUUGGGUCAAAAGGCAACAAUUCGUGAUGAAAUGGAUUUGGCUUUUGAAGAAGUUGACAGUGACGAUGAAGAUAUUUCAACUAUGUUUAGUAGUUCACGUUAUAUUCAUCCACCACCUGUUCCAAGUGAUCAAGAUAUUCAAAAUCUAAUACUCGAUUAUAAAAAACGAGAAUUACUUGAAAACUUUGCUGGCAUAGAAAGUGGCAAAGAACAUGAAGAAAUAGAAGAUCUAGCCAAUAUAUCAUCAUCAGAUGACGAAGCAUACGCUAAAUAAUUUCAUGUAUUUAUAAUAAUAAAAUUAC